GUCCAGCAUCUUGUUAGCCGGUGCACCUGUCCAGUUCAGUUCUCUAUGGUCAAAGUCUCAGAGGGAAAGUAUCGCAUCGGUGAUUCCAACACGCUCAUAUUUGUUAGGAUCCUGCGGAAUCAUGUGAUGGUCCGAGUAGGUGGUGGCUGGGACACCCUGGAACACUACCUGGAUAAGCAUGACCCAUGCCGGUGUACCUCACUCUCUCACAAGCAGGCCUUGAAGAUCGCCAGCCCUCAGAAGAUGCAGGCUACCCAGGUCCAGCAUGAAAUCACAGCCCGCUUAACACCCAGGAAAGACAACUGUAACAAGCCCCAGCCUGCCUUAAUUGUGAGCAGAUGCCAAAGCCCACUGCCCCCAGUAGAGUGGAGGACCUACGUGCCCCACAGUUUAGGUUCUGGGUGGAAGAAGGCUCAAGCAUCCUCACCCUCAAACAACAGUGGCAGCAGUGGCAACAAGAAACAUGACGGCCUACAGAUCUCCCAGGAUCAUUCAGAGCCCAGGAGAGCCCCUUCAAUUAGGGUGAGGGAACGAUCAGCAACUCCAUCCCAGAGACUUCCAGCUGCAGAAGAAAGGCUUGGACCCAAGCAGAUGGUUUCUACACGGAGUGGGAGAGAGACAUUCUGUGCCUCAUUGUCUUCUCAGCAAAAUGGGAACGUGGAGAACAACUCACAUGGCUUGAAAUAUCUCUCUGGUCCAAGACCUAGAAGAGAACCUGAUAGGAUCGAGACAGCACUGGGGGGUCUGAAAGCGGAAACAAGGAAACCAGCACCAUUGGGAACAAUGACACGAAGGGGUGAGGCAUUUCAGUCCUCAAGAAAUGUCCAGCGAGAAGUGAAGGUUUGUUCACAGAUACGUUCUACCAGCCCAGACAAGUGCUUUCAAACCUCCUACCAACAGACUGCUAAGGUCCCAGUGAAGCACACAAGCCAGGUUCAAAGAGAGGAUAGUGGCUUAAGGACCUCAGGAAAAGUUGGCUCACCUUUCUACAGGCCCCCAACUCCUAGUAGAAAAGAGGCUUAUCAAGGACUAUUUAGGAAUAGUGAUCUUGCCUUGGCCAAAGAAGAACUCCAGUUGAACAGCAAAAAGGUGCCCAGGGAUGAGAUGGGUCCUAAAAAGGAACAGGGUGAGAUGGUCAGCAUGGAAGCUUAUGGCUCAUUGCCUUCUCACUUAGGGAUUGGAGUCAGUCAGUUGGACUUAGAAGAGAAAAUGAAAGAUAGUCAAGCAUUGCGGGGGCAAAAAGAUACCCCAAGAACUUCUUGUCAAUUGAGCACUGGAGAUACAAAAGAGCCAACUGUGGAGAGGGAACGUGUCUACACACCACUACCUAUUAACUUGGCUGAAGAACAAGCUCUGUACAGAAGUUUAGAAGAGGAGAUAUUGUCCAAUAUCAAGGAGUUGGAAGCAGAUUCAGGUGACAACCAUCUUCCUGGACAGAACCAGUUGGAAGAAUUUAAAAAGGACAAUGACCCAGAAAGAAACUCCACAAUGAUAGGUUGUAACCUCCCCAAAGUGUCCAUUCCCUCUUUGUCCUUUCUGCAGAGAACCAAGAAGGUCUUGACUUAUGGUGAAGGCGUGCCACGAAGUGGUGUAUACGUGCCAGAAAGAGACACAAGGUGGCAUCCAGCAGGCCUACAUUAUGACAGUGUAAUCCAAGAGCUUUCCAUGGCACUCCAUCUGGAGCACAUGGAAACUGACCUUUCUUCCUCCCCUCCAAUGAAUUCAUAUUUAGUGAAUGGAAACAAGGCCAAAUUAAAGUUUGAGGAAAAAGAAAUGCUACAUGAGACCCAUUUAGCCGCUGAAGCAAAGGACGACAAGCCAUCUCAUGCAAAUAAUGGAGGACAUACAGAGGUUAAUGAGAAUGGUGAUACCCCUCAAACAUUUCCAAAUGAAGAAUCCUCCAACCCUUCAGAAAGUUCUGUUGUUGCAGAGAAUGUGCAAAGUAAACCAAGGCGAUCUCUGAAAAAACCGGAGCGUGUGCCGUCCUUUUACAAGCUCAAACUACGCCCCAAGAUCCGUCCACGCAAAGACAACAGGCCUGAGAAGAGGCCUUCAAAGAUCCCCACACCAGUGACAUACAGAUAUGCCCAGAAAACAUCUAGCACCCAAGGCCUGAGGAAAGCCCACAAGGCCAAAUUUCAGACCAAGAAUGGCCCGGCUACAGUGAAACAAGACGGCACUGGCAACCCAAAGUCUGAGUACAGCUUGGCCUCCACACAACGUGUGGAAUUGACUCUGACAGAACAGAUAAUGGGAGCUCUGGAUGAUGAGGAAACCUGGCUGUGAUUAUUCCUGAAUAUACAGUUGUAAUCUUUUGAUAUGCUUAAGCCCAUCCUUCUCCAAAUUUUGCGACCAGUAACCUCCAUCUCUGUGAGAGGGGUACACUUAGAAGAUAUAUAUCAUAUAAGUGCAGAACUGUGUGCUAUCUAUAUGGUAUGUUGAAUUGCGG